AUGUCUUCUGUUGCGGCUUCAGGUUCCCCUCUCGAAAACCUUGUGCUUUCUGUUGACAAUCUUUCCUUGACAGAAGGGAGAACUGACAUAAGAAACCGUCAGGAUCUUUCUCCAAGAAACUAUCUUUUGGCUGCUAAUGGUGGGCCUUUACCAGGAUUUCAAGAAACCAGGAUUAAUGGGCUCCCACAGUAUCUGGCCGGGUUGGCUAAUUCAACUCUAGUUCUAUCAUCACUGUUUCCUCAAACUACCUGGGGAUCAAAUAGUUUGGGCAAUGGAGGGAAUUUUCACGGUUCAAGAUUGCAACCUGGGACAAGAAGUUUUGUUCCGAAUUUAAAUUCUCUUAGUGGUCCUGUCCUCGAUGAGGGAAAAAGUUUUGCAGUUUCAAACUUAGGAGGAAUUGAAUACAGUAGGGUGCAGAAUCAAGAAGAGCUUAACAAUGUAAGGAUUUUUCUUGGUUUGCUUCAAGGAGAUAGUUUCGUCAACUACUGUUCAGACCGAGAUGGUUCAAUAACACUUCAUGGUUUAUUGAGGUUGAGGAACCCAGAGAUUACCCGUGAGGUAUAUAAGAAAGUUUUGGUCUUGUCAUCAAGAGGAGUCCCCAUUGUUUGCGAGCUGAUGCUUGAUCAACAUGGAUGGCAUGUCUUUGCAGAGCUAAUUGAUUCAUUGAACUAUCAACAAUUGAAAUUGAUUACGUAUGAGAUAACCAAGGACUUGUACCCUUUUAUUUCAUUAGCAGUCCACAGACAUGGUUCGAAUUCGAUCAAGAAGCUCAUCAGAGCACUCAGUGGUUCAAGUUUGAUUUCUUUCGUCACCAACAAUCUGUGUGCUGCGUUUUAUCUAAUCAUGACCGAUCGGACAGGUUUGUAUGUCGUAUCGGAGUGCUUAAAACACCUUAGUGCUGAAGAUAAUAAGUUAUUAUAUGAAGCAGCCAUUUCAUGUUGUCUUGAUUUAGCAAUAGACCAUGACGGAUCCAUAGCCUUAAUCAGGGUCAUCAACACCAUCCAGGGUCUGCAAAGAUAUCGGCUCCUGGAUAUACUAUCUACGAAUGCAGUGUUCCUGUCGCAGGAUCCGGAAGGGAACUAUGUGAUUCAGAAGGUCCUAUCACUCGAUAAUCCUGUAUUCACCCAAAAAAUAUGCCAUCAGCUUAGAGGCUAUUAUGCAGCCAUCUCAUUGCAGAAAGGAGGCAGCCAUAUCGUCGAAAAAUGCUUGGGUACAGAAUGGAAGAGUUGGGUGAUUGAGGAUUUUCUAAGCAACACCAACACACUAUUGCAUGUUGCUAGAGGUGAAUUUGGUAACUAUGUGAUCCAAAAAGCAUUUAAAGUCACCAAGAAAUCAGGCAGUCCACUCUACCAUAAACUUCUAUUACGCCUGCAGCCCCAUCUUAGCAUUCUGCAGUCGGGAUACGGAAGGAAUGUCUUCAAUUUGAUCACCGGUGGACAGUCAGUUAAGAAAGUGUAG